AUGUCGGCCGCACCCGCUGCCAACACCGACUAUUCGGCCACACACGAAGCUGCCGUUGCAGCAGCUGCAGCCGCCGCCGCUUCUUCAUCACAUGCCCAAGCUGCGCCCGUCGAUGCAAAACAGCAGCAGCAGUCCGGCGGCGCCACGCCGGUGCCCACCCAUGUCGCCAGCGCUAACUCAGCAGGCACCUACAGCUCUGCCUCGCUGCCCCUCGCCAUCGCCGCCCAGCAGCGCAAGCUGAGCGGUCGAUACGCGCUCUCUGAUUUCGCCGUCGAGCGCACGCUGGGAACGGGUAGUUUCGGUCGUGUCCACCUGGUGCGUUCGCGCCACAAUCACCGCUUCUACGCCAUCAAGGUGCUGCGCAAGGAGCAGGUGGUCAAGAUGAAGCAGGUCGAACACACAAACUCUGAAAGAGCGAUUCUCUCGAUUGUCCGACAUCCCUUCCUCGUCAACCUCUGGGGCACAUUCAAAGACUCGACCUUCUUGUAUAUGGUCAUGGACUAUGUUCCCGGCGGAGAGCUCUUUACGCUGCUGCGCAAAUCUCAGCGUUUCCCGCACCCCGUCGCCAAGUUCUACGCUGCAGAGGUCGCGCUGGCCAUCGACUAUCUCCACCAGAACAACAUCAUCUACCGCGAUCUCAAACCCGAGAACAUCCUGCUUAGCGCUGACGGACACCUCAAGAUCACCGACUUUGGUUUCGCCAAGUACGUUCCCGACGUCACAUGGACCUUGUGUGGUACACCGGACUACCUCGCACCCGAGAUCGUCAGCAGCAAGGGCUACAACAAGAGUGUUGACUGGUGGGCGUUGGGGGUGCUGCUGUACGAGAUGCUGGCCGGCCAUCCGCCGUUCUUCACCGAGGACGGCAACCCGAUCAAGCUGUACGAGAAGAUCAUCGCGUGCAAGGUCCGGUAUCCGCCCUACUUUGAGACGGGCGUCAAGGAUUUACUCAAGAACCUGCUGACUGCCGACUUGAGUAAGCGGUACGGAAACCUGCAUCGCGGCAGCAAGGACAUCUUUGGGCACAUGUGGUUUGCAGAGGUUGACUGGGAUCGGCUGUACAGGCGCGAGAUCCCGGCGCCGUACUUGCCGACAGUCACCGCGGACGGCGACUCGAGUCAGUUCGAAAGGUACCCGGAGAACGACGUGUCCGAGUACAGUCGGACUGAUCUGCCGGAUAGCUUGGGUCACCUGUUCCCGGACUUUUGA